AUGACAACAGGAUGUAUGAAGGCGAAUUCGCAACGUGUGAUCAUAACGAAAUCAGGCGCAGUGACAACGAGACGAGUCGACGAUCACAGUCCGUUUUCGCUCGCCUAUAACUCUGUGAACCAUUAUCUGGGUGAGAAGUCAAAUAAUCCACAAAGAAUGACAUUCACUUGUGGACAAUCCCAAAAUGGCAAGCGUUUUGUCUCGUUGAGUAUGAAUGAAGUUUCAACGGAGACUGCACUGGAUCUUGGAGAUUCGAGAAACUUCGAAGCGGCAUUUGAUAUGGCCGAGAAUAGGAAAUCACUACAUGAAGCGUGUGAAAAAGCAAAGAGGUUUUAUAUGGAGCACAUCCUCUACCGUAACCCAUUUCCUCCAAAAAACAAAUUCUCCAUUAUUAUUGAAAAAUCCAAAAAAGUAAAAAAAGACAACCCAAAGAAGAAAUCCAACGAGGAUUCUCUGCACACCGCUCGGACGACGUCAUCAGCGUUGUCACUUUUGGAAGGGACAAUGUCCCUAACGUCGAUGUCUUCGCAUAGCCAAUUGUCUGCAACCACACCGUCGCAUCCCAUCAAUUUGAAGACUCCGAAGAAGCGCUCCACUGGCUUCCGUAACCAACCGCCCGACUCCCAGGUGGUCCAUAAGAACAAAGCAGUCAAAUCUCCACCAAAGACUGCUACGCCACCACCACCAGCGAAGCCAAAAGGAGCCACUGACGAGCAUCGCCUAAUGAACACCUUCAAUACAACUGAAUAA